AUGCCCGACUCAACUACCUACCGAUACGAUCUGGGCUCCUACCGUCGAAAGAUCAGCACCUCUAGCUCGAAAGCACAGGAGUGGUUUGAUCGCGGCUUGGUUUGGUGUUAUGCGUUUCACCAUGAAGAGUCCGCCCGAUGCUUCGAACGGGCCAUCGACGAAGACCCAAAUUGCGCGAUGGCUUAUUGGGGUCUCGCGUUCGCCCUCGGGCCGAAUUACAAUAAACCUUGGGACUUGUUUGAUGAGAAAGAGCUCAAGGCCACACUAAGAAAAAUAAAUGAAGCGAACGAAAAGGCCAAACAACACGCAACCCAAUCUACGGAUGUCGAAAGAGCACUAAUCGAUGCCGUGCAAGUGCGUGUGCCGAAAGGUCUAGACGAGGCUGCUUUUCAGGCGUGCAACGAGGAAUAUGCCGAGGCCAUGAGGAGCGUUUACGGGAAUUUCUCUAGUGACCUCGACAUCGCUUCGCUUUAUGCAGACUCACUCGUAUGCCUCUCGGCGUGGAAUCUCUGGGAUCUCAAGACGGGCGAGCCAACACCUGGUGCUCGCUCAUUAGAGGCCAAGGCUGUGCUCGAAAAAGCUUUGCAGCAAGAGAGCUCACACAAACAUCCAGGAGUUCUCCAUCUGUACAUUCAUCUCAUGGAGAUGUCAGCGACGCCGGAAGUAGCCCUUGUCUAUGCCGAUCAUCUAAGAAAACUUACCCCGGACGGAGGACACUUACUACAUAUGCCGUCCCAUCUGGACAUCCUUGUUGGUGACUAUCGACGUGCCAUUGACGCUAAUGCGGAUGCCUGCCGUGCUGACGAGAAGUACGUUGCCGAGCAUGGGGUGAGAAACUUCUACUCAUUCUACAUGAUGCACAACUAUCACUCGCUCGUGUAUGCAGCCAUGUUUGCAGGGCAGUUCAAGGUCGCACUGGAGGCAGUCAACCGGAUGGAGGCAUCGCUGCCUGAGUCGCUGCUGCGUAUUGAAAGUCCGCCCAUGGCAGACUGGUUGGAGAACUUCGCGUCAGUACGGGUCCAUGUCCUAGUUCGUUUCGGACGAUGGCAGGAUCUUAUCGCACUCGAGAUGCCGUCUGACACGGACCUCUUUUGUGUGACAGCAGCAAUGAUACAUUAUGGCAAAGGCGUUGCAUAUGCCGCUACUGGCGACGUCGAAAAGGCGCAAAAGGAACGCGAUGCCUUGGCUCAAGCAGUGGAACGUAUCCCACCAUCGCGGAUAUGCGGAGAUUUUCCUAACAGGUCUAACGUCGUGCUGCAAGUUGGAGUUGCAAUGUUGGACGGCGAGCUUGAGUACCGGAAAGGCAACUACGAGGAGGCUUUCAAACACCUUGAGACGGCAAUUGAACGUGAUGAUAACCUCGUAUACGCCGAGCCUUGGCCAUGGAUGCAACCGACACGCCAUGCAUAUGCUGCCCUGCUGAUGGAGCAGGGCCGAAUAGAAGAUGCGGCAGCAGCCUACAAAGCAGAUCUGGGGUUCGAUGAUACGCUACCGCGGGCGAGGCAACAUCCGAACAACGUAUGGGCCCUGCGCGGCUACCAUGAGAGUCUGGUGGCUUUGGGUCGGAGGGACGAGGCCGGUAUCAUUGGGCAGCAGCUAAGAGUCGCACUCGCUGUAGCUGAUGUUAGUGUCGACGUGAGUUGCUACUGUCGACGUAGUGGGAAUGCGUAG